AUGAGUAAAAGCGAUUAGUCUGUGAAUUGUACAACUUAAGAUUCUUUAAGCAUCAAUCUUGCUAAGGCAGAUGAUGAUCGUACUGUAAGCUCCUGCAGUACUUAUUCUGAUACCUCUAACUCAGGUUCAGGCAAUUCUUUUAUUGAAACUAAAAGACUAUGGAUGCUUCCUCUCAUUUCUAGCAUUACGUUUGGAGCUUUCUUUAAUGUUUAAUUUUAAUCAUUUAUUAAGCAGUAGCUUAUGGAUUAAAUGCAUAUGAACAACAAUGAUUACGCUUUGUUUGUACUUAUUCCCACUAUACCAAAUAUUCCUUUAGAUUUGGUUAUAGGUCCAAUUCUUGAUAUUAUUGGAGCUCGUUUGGGAAUCAUUAUAUCAACUGUUUUUGUAGCUAUUGGUCUCGCAAUUUGCAUGAUUUCUAUUAGUUGUCACUCUUUCGCAGGACUUAUAUUUGGAAAAUCACUCUUAUCUGUCGCUGCUGAAGCUCAAGGUAUCGGACAAGGCUGUGUAGCUGGAAAAUGGUUUACUCAAAAGGGUCUAGCAAUGGUAUUUACUGUCCUUAGUUUCCUUAACAAAGUUGCUAGCUCUUCUUCUGGUAUCAUUUAUCCUAAUCUUUAUAACUCUUCUGGUAGCGUUAUGACUCCUCUUGGAAUAGGAUUAGGAUGUAUUUUACUUACAAUUAUAGUUUCAGUAGGUAUUUAUAUUUUAGACAAAAGGGCAGAUGAAUAUGAACCAGCUAAAAAUAAUGAAAACUAGGUAGAAAAACCAAAGCUAUAGUUUAGUGAUAUUAAAAAAUAUGAUAAGAUGUUUUGGUUAAUUGCUUUGUAAUGUCCGCUUAUGUUUGGAGCAUUCUAUUCAUUCAUGAAUUACUUAUAGAGCAUCUUAAUUACCAAAUUUUUUAUUGAUAAAACGACUGCAAGUGAAUUGGUUUCAAUCCCAUACUGGAUUGCAAUGACAACUCCGAUAUUCGGUAUUUUAGCUGAUAAAUACGGAAAGAGACUUUAUUUCAUGUGUUGCACGACAUUUUUAUCUUUUCUUUCAGCUCUUAUUUUGCUCCUAGUUCCUACUGGUGAAAACUAUCCUGCUGUUUACAUUUCUUUAAUUAUAUUUGGUAUAUUUUUAAGCAUGAUGUGUUGCUUUUUAUAUCCAAACCUUCCUCUCCUCUCUGAAAAAUACUUAUUAAGUACUGCAUUUGCAAUUUGCUAUGCUACAAAAAAUGCAGGUACUGCUAUUUUGAAUUAUUUAGGAGGUUUGAUAAUGAAGAAUGACAACUCUGGAUAUAACAACUUCUUGAUAACAUUUUUGUUUAUAUAUUUAACAGCUUUUAUAAUUUCUAUCGGAAUCACAUUAUAUGAUCGUAAGCAUGGCGGAAUUAUUAAUUCCAAUACUCCUUAACGCUAUCUUGAAUAUAUCAAACAAAGAAGAAACUAAUAAGCCACAAAUACAAAUUGA